AUGAACGACGACGAUAAUCGAAAACCAUACCGGCUCGGACGUCGCCCGGGUGAACAAGGUCCGCGUCCUCUGUCGAGUAACCAGGACAGAAUCGAAAAAUUGGCUACUGGAAAGACAGGAACAAAGACAGGAACAACAACACGACAGAUAGUUACAAAUAAAACAGCAGCAGCAGUAACAUCAAAUGUCAAAAUUGGUCAACAACAGUGGAAGAUAACGAAAGACACACUUACAGUGGGUACCUGGAACGUUCAAACGUUAUGGGCAACAGGAAAGCUAGAAUUGCUAAGAAAUGAAAUGAAACGUUUCAGAUUUGAUGUCAUCGGGAUUUCUGAAGAAAUUAAUAAUAUAACAAUUGAAUCCCAACUUCCAAAAUGUUUACCACCACCUUUCUCCGUAUUGAUUAAAUUUGUUCACAACCAUAUCUCAAUUGAUGAAAUUCGACAAGAAGUAAAAGGUAAAUAUUUUUCUCAAUAUUCAUGCAAUGAACUAAUUGGAACUAAAACACAUCGAACGAGACAUGUUAGAAUUGACUUUACGGAACGCAAUGACUAUAACACUAUACUCAAAAAUGGACAAAUAUCAUUUUGCAGUCAACUUUAUACAGUGAGUGAAUUUCUCGAAGCUCCGAAAUUGUUGGUCUGCUCGAAAUGUAACUCUCCUGGACACAUGAAAAAGCAAUGCCGGAGUAAGUAUGAUCGUUGUCGUCGUUGUGGAGACGACAGGAUAAUCGGCGAUCAUGUUGAGUGCUCAAUAAAAUGUCAUCAUUGCAGCGGUGAACAUUUAUCUACGGAUUAUAAAUGCCCAAUUCUAGCUGAUUACCGAUUUCAACUUGUGAAAGAACUAAAACGUCAUCAUAAACGUCUACCUGAAGAUGUACAGCUAUUUAUACCAGCACAAUGUCGAGAUAGGAAUGGCCGUCCUCAUGUUAUUACAAAUUAUCAAAAAAAUGAACAAAAAAGUAGAGCAACAUAUAAUUCAACAUUUAACAUGAAUACUCAUUCUUGA